UAAUGCCCCUAGUAUGUUACAUCUCUCUACCACUCCUACGACCACAACCUCAUCUAGUUGCUGGGAUCGGAAGAAUGCCUCAAACAGUGGUAGACUCUCGUCCAUGGUGUUCACUGAUGGUCCAUUGCUUGACUCUGUAAACCUCCGCCGACCCACCAAAGGUGAGGUUUGCUUAUAUUCACCACAAUAUGAAACGUAUGGCAUGUCCAAUAAGCCCUUACCUUGUGAUAAGGAAAUAUCUGUCUCUCCGCCGCUUUGUAUGUCACCACUUGGUCCGAAGUUUUCUGAGAGAAUAAAAGCUGUAACAAGUGGCCAAAAUGGGAAGAUACUGGAAGAUUUAAGGAAUAUUAGUGAAGAAGCAGAAUUAAGAAUUGAUCAUAGAUUAUUUGAUGAUGCAUAUGCCGUUAGGAGAACGUUUUCAAUGGAGAGAAGUACUGAAUCAGCUCCGGCAUCUCCAUGUAAAAGGUUCGUUAGAAGCUUGAGUGGACGCCCCAUUCAGAGGUCAUUAGUUGGUUCUUUUGAGGAGUCACUAUUGACAGGAAGAUUGUCAUGCGGGCCAACAAAUCAGGUUUUCAUCUUCAACGUUGAUGCUUUGAUAACUCACUUUAUAGGUCAUUAGAAAGUCACAUUCUUUAACUAGUGUUCGUCCCCAUUUCAUGAAAGAAAUAUGUGUAACCUUAGAAAUUGAGGAUUGGUAAAACUGG